CUCCAGAAAGUGAAAGUUGGACUCGGGUCUCCGCCAGCCCCCAGCCCCACAAAGCCGAACCGAGCCGAGCCGAGCCAAGCAUCGCCACUGGAUUAUCCCUCUCCCCUGCUUUCCGAGAGGCCGCGUGGAGCCGGCCCCCUGCGCCCCGCCGCCGGCCACUUAAGGAGGGCGCUGUGCACGGCUAGCCGAGGCUCUGCUCGCUCCGACUCCGGCCCCGGGGACAGCCGCCCUGAUGAGCCCACGGGGCGCAGGCGGGAGCUGCCCACUCAAGACAUGGCUGGGCUCUUGGUUUCUGCUGCCUUGUUUCCUGGUGGUCUGGAGCUUUCCCACCCAUGGGUCAGAAACUUGUAAACGUCUUAUUACCCCAAAUCAUCUAAUGAUGCUGCAGGAGCUGAUUGACAGCCAGAUGGAGACAUCCUGCCACGUUACCUUUAAGUUUGCAGACCAGGACCAGCUGAAAGAUUCCAUCUGCUACCUUAAGAAGGCGUUUCCCCUGAUCCAGGAUUUUGAGGAAAUCAUUCGUUUCAAGGACAAUUCUUCCAAUUACAAGACCUCCAGGAAUCUGCACGAGCUCUACCUGAAUCUGAGGGAUGAAGGGUGUGUCAAGGAGCAUGAGAAGAGAGAUGAGGCCUGUGUUAGGACUUUCAAUAACACCCCUGUCCAGAUAUUGGAGAAGGUCCAGGAUAUCUUUGUAAAAACCAGUGACCUCCUCAUGAAGGACUGGCGUGUCUUCGACCGUGACUGCACCAGUAGCUUUGACAAAUGUGUCAGCUCAGAUGUGGUGACCAAGCCUGAUUGCAACUGCCUGCCCCCCAGAACCACCCCUAGCAGUAAGCUGGCCUCUGUCCCCAUCCAUAUCCUCUCUCCCUCCACAGCCCCAGUGGCCAACUUGGCCUGGGGAGACUCUGAGGGGACAGAGGGCAAAUCUCUCAUGCCCAGUGACCUGCCACCUCAAACUACAGCCCAGGGCAGUGCGCGUCGAGUCCCCCGGAGCACCUGUGGAAGCGUGGAGUCAAUGGACACUGAGGGCACGCUCUCUGCUUCCCAGUCCCUGGUGGGAUCUGAGAUGGAGUCCCGGAGCACGAGUCCUCCCCCUGACUUGUCCGUCCCUAGGAUAAAGGGCCUUCUCAACUCUGCACUCGACACUGACUCAGCUCUAGGGGAUGCCUCAGGUGAUGUCAGCCCUGAGUCUAAGAGACAGAGGCUCCCCUUUCUCCUGUUGGGAGGGGGAACUAUCCAGACAGGGACUGGUCCAGAUGAGCUCCUCGCCACUCCCUCGACGCCUGUUCUUGCACAGGGACUGCUGGCCCCAAGUGAGGAAUGACCACCUGCAGAUGAGGGCAGUAACCCAUUGGCUGGCCAGGCCAGAGAUUAUUCAUCAGAGGAGAGUGGAGGUAUCCAGGGCCUGGGCUCACCCACUACCCAGCUGCUACACUCUGAGGAAACCCAGGGCAUCUCCAGCCUCCCUGCUCAGCCUGGUUUCCCCAGAACCUCCUGGGGCAUUCCCCGACCCCGAGAGGAGCUGGAGGGCAAGAGAAGCACUAGGGUCCGGAGGAACACUGCCAAGCUGGAAGGAGGAAGAGGAGGCCAAGGUUUUGGAGAGAAGCGAGGGCCAGCGGGGGCCCACAAGGGCUUUAACUCGCUUCCUUUGACUGACACAGGCCCCAAGAGGCAGAAUGUGGGAAGCUCUGUCCUUCAGCCCCAGGGUUCUUUCUCCUAUGUACUGGUAUCCCAGCAUCCUCCUGGUCCUCCUAGCAGUGGCGGCCUCCUGUUCUACAAGCAGAGGCAGCGGCACCGCCAGGAGCUACAGCCAGCUGAAACGGCUAUGGAGCAGCCAGAGAUCAGACGCCCCCUGAACAAGGAAGAGGACAGACAGGUGGAGUUGCCAGUGUAGAGGUCGUAAUGAGCUGGGCCCACAGGACAGUCCCUCCAGGGGACGAGAAGCCGUGGGGGCUUCCAGACACCCCCCCAAGUCCGUUCUCCCAGGAUCUCAGCCCGCCCACCACGGAGUCCCCCGACCUGGACUGGACAGGACAGGAGCAGGCGAGGGUGGAAAGCCCUCUACUACUUGUUCCCUGUCAUCUUACUCUUUAUUGACUGAGAGAGGGAGGGAGGAUGCACAAGAAGCUACAGAUAUUUAUUAUUAUUAAUUAUUAUUGUGGCCCUGGAGGCCAGCAUCCAUACUUCAGGGAGUGCCAGCAAAGGCAUGCUCAGAGCCUUCUGCCCUCAGACUGACCCACAGGGCAGCCUAGGGAGGAAGGGGGAUCUUCAGCCCCUUUGCGUCCCCCAAGUCCCCUCCAGAACGUGAGCUUGGACAGGGGGAGAAGAAGGCUGUUGGGUGGGAAACAGCCUUUAGGUGGAUGUUGUUGGGGAAGCCUGGGCUGGGAUUCCUCAUGGCUGCCACGACAAGAGCUUUUCAGGGAAAUGGGUUGCCCAUCUUAUUGAUGAAGCUCCAGGAAUCCGGGCUUCCCAGCAAGCCAGAGCACAUCCUGAGAGGGAAAGAGUGCCUCAAGGCUCCCAGGGCAGUGCAGCUUAGACUCCCCAAAGGGGUACAGCCUCAAGAUGGGAGGAGAAGAUGGCCUACACCCUAUCACUGGUCUACACAGAAAACUGGGGAGGGUGUCUAACACCCUUCCUCCAAACCAGCGCUCUCGGCUCCCUCUGACCGAAGACCUGGUGGCCAUACCCCAGGAGAAGCUCCUUGUCCCUUUGAGUCAGGGCUUUUCUGGGACUCAGCUUCUGAGAAGCCCCAUUCCCCUAAUCCUGACACCAACCAAGAUCUGUGUAGGAAAAAAAGGAGCAGCAACCUCCCCCCACCGUGCCCCAGAUGGGGCUCUGCUCCCAUCUGCCCUCACAAUUGUUAGCUAGGUCCUAGAGCUGCCCCGGGAGAGCUGGUAGGAGGAACCAGCCCUCUGAUGAAGGAAGCCUUUGCACUGUGAAUAUUGAAUCUUCUUGCUGUACUGUCCUGACCUCUUCCUGCCCAUAGGCAGCAUCUGUCAGUCCCCUUUCCCAACCUGUUCCCUUGCCUCCUAUGCACAGGAAGCUCCUGAGCUGGCCUCGUGAUGAUAAAGGAUUCCCCCACCCUUCCCUCCACUACCAUGUUUUGGUAUCCAAACACGAUUGGUACCAUGGGCUGGCUCCCAUGGACUCUGGCUCCCUGGAAAGAGGGUAAAUGAUACCCCUCGGUCUAUCUGCUACAAGCUGAGUCUUCCUGGUGGGAGGCCUUGGCUUCUGUGUCUCACACUUUGACAUUCCAAAAAAGAAACAGGAUAGGAUUUUUAUUUUUUUUUUAAAUGACUGGAGUGGAGGGAACCAUGAUGGAACCUAUGUCUUUGAACCUGUGUGUAUGUCUAUGGAGGUGGGGGUUGGAGCAGGGUCUUUGCUCAAUCGUCUCUCCCUGAACUGGUCUCCCAUUUGACCAAUCACCUCUUCUCCCCAUUCUACUAAUCCCCUUCUUCUCCCAGCCCUUUGGGAGAAAGGAAGAGCAGGCCUUCUGACUGGUUAAAUUUCCCCUCACAGAUGAUUUCAGGGUGAUGAGUCUUGUUUUCACCUCAAACCUUCCUUCUGAAUACAGCUCUUCAUCCUCCCUCUUUCUGUACCCCCUUUCUUCCGAGCUCCUCUUGUUUCCUGCCUCCUCCCUAUAAUCUCUGCUUCCUCCUCUGCUUUCAUGCUCAUCUUCAUCAGGACUCCUUUCAAGUUGGGCUCUACCCCACUGGCUCACCUGACCCUCCUUCCCCAGGUACAAUCCAACUUUUCACUCUCCCAGAGUCAGGGAAAGAGAGAACUUGCUCCAAAAUUUCACCACUGAUUUAGUGACUUAGAGUCUCAGUUUCUUUAUUUGUAAAAGAAAGGGAGUAGUCCCAGCCCUUCUCCACGGUGUGUGGAGGGGGUAUGAAGUCAUUAAAUAGUGAUGAGGGUGGGUGGAGCUGCUGUCUAUUAUGCCUCUUUCUGUUCCCUUCAUUCCCCACUCCUAUCACUGCCUUUCUUACAUCCUGUCAUUUUACUAGGUUUGAUUACACCCUCAUGAGUCUCAUGAACCUUAAGUGGGAAUCUUCAGUGACCUUUCACCCUGUUCAUACUAUGUUACUCAUCCUUAAACCCCAGGCCCUUAGGGCAAGGGGAGUAGAUUCCUUACUUGCUACUUGGGUCCAGGAACAACAUCAGAGACCUUCCAGAGUCAAGUCACUACUAGGGGUGGUAAUAUCUCUGCCCUAAGAGGGAGCUCUGAGGAGAAGGUUGGCCGUGAGGGCAGAGCCAGACAAGGAGAAUUCUCUCCUGGGCCUCAUUUUUCUGGCCUCAGAAUUUUCUAUUUUGAUGUAGGUAAAUAUCUCUUUACAAUGAAACUUUGAAAACAUAGAAAAAUAUGUUUGUUUUCUUUUAAAUGUAUGCUGUGCAAAAAAGGCCCAAAUAGCAGGCCCGACAUUCAAGAUGUUCUUAGUACAUUGGUAGGUGAGAUGAAUGGUUCCUCCCCCAGACAUUAAUAGGUCCCUCCUUCUGUCUCUUCUUCCUCUGACCAAAACCCCACCCCCACUUCCCUAGGGAAGGCAAGAGGAGCUGGGGCCUUGCACUGUGUGGUUAUUUUUAUACUUGGAAAUGAUGAAUUAUUUUAUAUAUAAAGUCAUUUAAAGAUUUAUUUAAAGAAAUAGGAAGCUGCUUGUAUAUUUAAUAAUAAAUGCAGACAAAACCA